AUGUUUUAAUAAAGAAUCAAUAAUUACUCAAUUUUAAAGGAAUUAGGCAAGGGAGCUAACGGAUAAGUCUAUCUUGCGAUUAAAGACGAAGAUAAGAAAGAAUAUGCUUUAAAAUUGUAAUAAUUUGAAAUUUCAGAAUAUGAAUUAGCUAUUAUAGAGUACAUUUAUUUUUAUGAUUAUUGAG